CUAGCAAGCUAGUUACCAAACAGAAUUGCCACCUUGCCUAUCCAACUGUUACUGUGGUAGGUUUGCCUCCGUCUGUUUAAAUGGAGAUUGCCUGCUUUUUGGUGUUGUUUUUGUUAUGUGGUCUUUCGCAACAAGCUCCACGGCAGUUGGCUCGACGUAGCAACAUCGGUACAACGUCGGAGAAUGAGGAAUCAAAGCCACUAUCGAUGGAUGUAGAAAAUCUCUUUACAAACCAACCAGGCCAUCGGCGGGAAAAUGUUUUAGAACUUGUCCGAAACUUAACUCCAGCAUCGGGGGUAAAAAUCGAACAAAAAUUACACAAACACGGAAAUGAACCUGACAUCUCUCUACACGAAGAUACCAGCAAAGACGUCCAAGGUAAUGACAAAACAGGUAGACACGAAAACAAUGCAAGUGGAAAAUACUCGAAGUACAUGAUUGAUGGCUCUGAUGGUAGUGGUUCAUCAGAAGAUACCAAGGAUAUUAAAAGUACUGAUGAUAUUACUGGUAAUUAUCAAGGUGAAGAGCAAAGUACAAGUGGAGAUGAAGACGCGCCUGAUGAACCAAAGAUUUCUAGUUCUAGUGGAGAUUCCGUUGCUGCAUUCAUGAAGCCUGAUUCAGUAAGUGGCACAACAAGAGAUGUCAUCAAAGUGAACAAGAUGUCUGAGGAACGAGAUCCAGUUGCUGUAUUCAAGAAGUUUGAUUCAGUAAGUGGCACAACAAGAGAUGUCAUCAAAGCCGACAAGAUGUCUGAUGAACGAGAUCCAGUUGCUGCAUUCAUGCACACUGAUUCAGUAAGUGGCACAACAAGAGAUGUCAUCAAAGCCGACAAGAUGUCUGAUGAACAGGAUCCAGUUGCUGCAUUCAUGCACAUUGAUUCAGUAAGUGGCACAACAAGAGAUGUCAUCAAACCCGACAAGAUGUCUGAUGAACGGGAUCCAGUUGCUGCAUUCAAGAAGACUGAUUCAGUAAGUGGCACAACAAGAGAUGUCAUCAAACCCGACAGGAUGUCUGAUGAACGGGAUCCAGUUGCUGCAUUCAAGAAGACUGAUUCAAUAAGUGGCACAACAAGAGAUGUCAUCAAACCCGACAAGAUGUCUGAUGAACGGGAUCCAGUUGAGUCAUACACUGGAUGGAAUGGCAAGCAAGAACGAAAAGGAAACCUUAGAGACACAAUAGAGGAGAGCGAAGAUGAACACAGUUCGACUACAAAUUCAGAUCGGAGAGAUUCGGUGGAUUCUUACAUAACGGCGGCCGCAAGCGAAGUAAAAGACAAAGUACCAUCCAAGAUGGACAAGGAUUCAGUUUCUUCAUACAUUGACGCUCAAGGAGACCAAGUAAUGGGAUCUUACAGACACAAAAUAGCGAUGAACAAAAACCAUGACGAUCACGAAGAAGCUUCUGCUGCCUCUUUUAAUGAUAAAGCUGAAGCAUCGGGAAGCUUAAGUGGAGAGGCUGUUGCUUAUGACGGUGACGAGAAUGCGGAUAUUAGCGAGACAGUCGUGCGGGACAACAGCCCUGAAGACGAGGCUUCCGGUGAAGACAUGCUUCGUUCUUCUAAGACACAAACAAUCUUAGAAGGUCUAGAGGAAGAUUUGUCCCAGGAAAGUAGCAGCAAUGGAAUACAAUCUAAAGAGAAACUCACCUACAGAGGAGACCAAAACGAUGAACUGUGGCGCAAUAAGUCUCAUCUUAAAAAAACCCAUAAACAUUCCUCGUAUGUCGUCCAAUAUCCAUACGGUGUACCGAUCCAGUAUAACAUGCCACAAUACACAGCACCGCAAUACAUAUACGUAAGUAUCAAAGAUGCUGAAAAGAAGGGUGCCGUAUGUCUGGAUGGCUCAACCCCGGGCUACUUUUAUAGAAGAGGAGUUGGAAGUGGCGAAAGAAAAUGGAUCAUUUACCUGCAGGGAGGCGCUUGGUGCGAUAGCAAGGAGGACUGCUAUGAGAGAAGUAAAUCCAACCUUGGUUCUUCAUUGAAAUUCACCCAUCUACACAAUGCCGAAGGCCUCCUUUCCCGAGACGAAGCAAAAAAUCAAGACUUUUACAAUUGGAAUGCAGUGUAUGUGCCUUACUGCGAUGGAGCAUCGUACACUGGGAAUCGGUCACACCCAAUCGUUGUCAAAGAAAGAAUGAUCUAUUUCAGAGGCAAGCGAAUUCUAAGUGCUCUGUUAGAUGACUUACUGGCUCAUGGAUUAAGUCAUUCAAAGAAAGUAGUCUUCUCAGGUACUUCUGCAGGAGGGCUAGCAGUACUCUUAAACGCAGACUAUGUUCGUAGCCGCAUUCCCACAAAGGUGAAUGUGUACUCGCUGGCGGAUUCUGGAGUCUUUCUCGAUGUAAACGACAUGAAAGGCAAGUCCCUGUUUGCUGAUUCAAUGAAAGCCGUUUACGAGUUGCACCAGUCGUCUGGAAGCAUUAAUCCUAAAUGUAAAGCCCACCAAGGCGAGAAGAGUGCGUGGAAGUGUCUUUUUCCUUAUUAUUUUGGUGAAUAUAUCCAAACUCCUCUGUUUAUUGUCAACCCCCUUCAUGAUUCAUGGCAGUUAGCAAAUGUUGUAGGUAUUCAUUGCGCCUACAAACCUGACAAAUGCGACAGAAAAGAAAUGAAGGCAGUCAAGAACUUCAGACAGCAAACUCUAAUGGCUUUGAACCCGUUUAUGAAGAACCCUCAUGUUGGUAUAUUUGCAGAUGGGUGUGUCGACCACGGGCAAAUCGUUUUCAGCCCCAAGUGGACCAAAAUCCGUGUUAAAAAUCGGUCCAUGUCUGGCACAUUUGUUCGAUGGAUAAAUAGGGAAGAAAAGGUUAAAUCUGUCAUAGACUUUCAGGCUGAUGAAUAUCCCUUUAAUCCCACUUGUGUAUCACACUUUCAUGAUUAGUCUGCUCAAACACGUUUACGCACUUAUUGGAGUGGAUGAUGAGAUGUGACAAACUGUAACUAAGGAAAUCUACGUAUAAAUAACUGAUGAGUUAUGACUGAAACACCGAUCGUGUUCACGGUACAGCCACUUUUAGCUGUUCUCAUCGUCGUCACUCAACGCUAAUUGAUAUUCACCGGUCUAUUCGAUUUCAUUGAGUUUAAUACUUGAGUUCUAUCCGGUUAUUCGAGAGAUAUUCGAAUCAUCCAAAUUCGAUCUUUGAGCUGGCACUUUUGGAACUUAAUUCAUUGUGAUACGACAAUAUAUAAAAAAAGUUGGUUUUUUUCUUCAUCUUACCAUUCAAAUGUAACGGUCGACUUUUUUGUUAUUGUUUUUUAAGUUUUUUAAUGGCAAAGCAUUUCUCGUACAAAUGGGGCGGUGGACAAUGAAUGUGGAUAAUUAUUGCUCUUUUUAUGCCAAUGUCAAUGUUUCGUGCAUAUAUUGCAUGUGUAGUUGUUUAUUUUUUUUUUCGUUUUUUUUUUUAUAGAAUAAAGUUUUCUGUCGAACCAUGCCAGUCAUACCAUAAGUCAGAAAUGUACUUGAUAACUUUCGCUAGAUCUAGCUAUUGAGCACCAUGACCGCUUUUAAAAUUUUCAUGGAUGCAAGUCUAACAGGAAAUACAAAAGAAAUGAAGAACAAUGGAAUUUGAUCUUUUCGUUUUUGUAUUUUCCUGUUCGCUCACCCAAUAAAUUUCUUAAAGGGUCUA